GACAAAAAAUCGAACCCACACGCAACGCGCGACGGGACGCCUCCACCCGGCGCCAGGUCCAGCUCCACAUCUCUCUCUCGCGUACGAUGAGCUGCCGCGGCGGGAGAGCGUGCUAGCAGCGAGCGGUGCGCGAGGGCGGAGGAGUGGGAGGAGGCCAGAUCCGGGGGGCAAAUCUGGCAGGCGCCGCGGUGGGGCUGCGGGCGCGGGGGAGGGCUGGGGGCUGGGCGGACGGCGCUGAGGGCGGGGAGGACUGCAGCAGGCUCAGGCCCUGGCGGAGGAGGCUGCUCGCGUCCAUGGCGCUCUCGUGGCCCUCGGCCGUACGCCUCGCCGUCGCCGCCGUCCUGCUCGUCGCGGUCGGCGUCGCGCUCUUCACGCUCCCCGUCGAGAAGAUUUUAAAGGACUUUCUGGUUUGGAUCAAGGAGAACUUGGGCCCAUGGGGUCCUUUGGUGUUGGCCCUUGCUUACAUCCCUCUGACAGUCUUAGCUGUUCCAGCAUCAAUUCUUACACUUGGAGGGGGCUAUCUAUUUGGCCUGCCUAUUGGGUUUGUUGCUGAUUCCAUCGGGGCAACACUUGGUGCAACUGCUGCAUUUCUGCUUGGUAGAACGAUUGGGAGGCCUUAUGUACUCUCCAAAUGCAAAGAUUACCCCAAGUUUCAAGCAGUAGCUAUUGCCAUCCAAAGGUCUGGCUUUAAGAUUGUGUUGCUACUAAGGCUUGUACCUUUACUUCCGUUCAACAUGUUGAACUACUUGUUGUCAGUCACUCCUGUUGGCAUUGGAGAAUACAUGCUGGCUUCUUGGCUGGGAAUGAUGCCAAUCACAUUCGCUUUGGUAUAUGUUGGAACAACACUAAAGGAUCUAUCAGAUGUGACACAUGGGUGGAGUGAGAUCUCAACUACUCGAUGGAUUGUGAUAAUAUCUGGCUUCAUAGUGUCUGUUAUCUUGAUUAUAUGUGUAACAAGAGUUGCAAAAUCAUCUCUGGAUAAGGCAUUAGCUGAGAAUGGAGAGGUCGAUGUAGGAACUUCACAGCUACCUGUGGUAGCCACUCCCUCGGGUCUACAACAACCUCUUAUAAUCAAGAUUGACACAUCAAAUGAAGAUCAUGAGAAGUAAAAGUGUUGUUUACAACAUCAGAUGUAUAUAAGUAUAUUCUUUGGCUGUCAAAUCUGUAGCACUAUAUACGCAUAGCUCGGUUUGAGUCUCAUUGAGGCGGUAAAGCAGCCCCCACCCCCCAAAAAAAAAUAGUACGAGGAAUUGAGGAUGUGAGUUUGUCUGAUAGGUAAUGCUGAUAGACUAUACGCAUUGUUUUAAUCCACGAGGUACAUUACCUUUGAUGCAAAGAAUUGUAGUUCUACUUUCUUUUAUUCA